GACCGUGUACGGACGCUCGGUGCUAUCCAGAAAUCUCUUCAUCGAUGCCUUGUGGGUCUGCCUCGGAAAUUGGAUAUUAAAUCUCACCACUGCUCUCGAAAGCGGGCGCGAGGAUAAAUGAACCCGUCAAGACGUACAAAACUCGCAGCAGCGUGCCAGUUACAGCACCACUCAUCGACCCCCCGGCCAGCGGUGACGCGAUCGUGACAGUGUGACAGCACGCUUAUCCUCGCAGCGAGCACCGCAAACUUUCAGUCUCCCCUCGUCCUCCACCGGGCAACCGUUUCCAGCUCAGAGCCUUUUCUCUUUUCCUCUUCUGUGGCCAGUUCGUCCGCUGCUUCUCCGAGUCCUCAAGACCUGUGUGUUCACGUCAGUCCCACAGGCCAGUGUGGUAUUCACAUUCCAGGACUGGCUGCUGCUAUACCGGCGGAUCAUUGGACCCCUCCUUGGCCUCCCCUCGUCCUCGCACGCCAUGUCAGCUGAAGCGGCCCCUGCACCCCGACUCACCUCGACUCUCGCAUCCCAGGUCACUCCGACUCCCCAUUAUACCGUUGACGUACCAGACCCGAACGCGAUUCACAUCCUCAUCACUGGCUUUGGACCCUUUUGGCGGUACAACGAGAACCCCUCAUGGCUCGCCGUGAAGCCUCUUCACAAUACCAUGCUGGAAGAUACAACCCCCCGCAUCCAGCAAAUAUACAUCACCGUCCUCCAGAUCCCGAUGGUGUACCAAAAUGUCCUGCAGUUCGCUUCGGGUUUGCACGCCAAGCCCCCCGUGCUCCCGCCCCCAAUCGAUCCCACAUUCGCCCCUGUGUACCUGCCGCCAAACGGCUUCGAUUUCAUCUUCCACAUUGGCGUCGCCGGUCGCGGCCCGCUCCGCCUCGAGAAGCUCGCACACAAGCUCGGCUACCGCAUGAAGGACGCCGAGGGUCAGCUCGCGCCCAUUGUACAUGUUCCGAAGGAUCCGGUGCGGGGCUUUGGCAAGACAUAUGAGAGCAUGCCGGAUGAGCUGUAUACUGAGAUCGACGUCCCACGAUUGAUCCUACACCUCAAGGAGCAGGGCAUCCAGAAAGCCUACUCGAGCAUGGACGCUGGACACUAUCUGUGCGACUUCCUAUUCUAUGCGAGCCUAGCAGAGGCAAAGCGCAACGCAGCAAAGCAGGAGAAGGACAAGAUGCGGAGCACACCACCCAAGAUGACACCAGUGCUUUUCAUGCACUGUUGUCCCAUCGGCCAGCCGCACACAACAGACGAGAUCACCGAUGCAAUUAAGAAAGUCGUUCUGUGGGUGUGUGCGCGGCUUUCGAUCUAAUCUUGCCAACGAAAUCGCCCAUCGCAAGCUCCACGUUCGCGAGACUGCUAGCUCGUAGUCCAUCUAUUCACUCGUGCCAUAUCUCGUUUCAGCCGUCCAAUCCAGUCACCGUUGUCUGCAGUCAUACCACCCUUUGUCUGGUAUCUGUGUUCCCGUAUCCGCAUACAUACAUGUGGCAUGUGCUCCCAUUGUACCUUACCCCAUGCACCCGCCCGUUCUGCAUUUUACUUGUCCAUUCAAGUGCAUGAUUCUCAAUCAGCUACAAUAGUAUCAUAUCCCAGCCGGUUUCGGCAUACUCUUCUCGUGAUACUGGGUGGCAUGUGCCAAGUGCAGGGCAUAGAUCGUUUCCUUGCGAUCGGAUGACCUUCAGCCAGCUACUGUGGAUGAUGAGCUGAAUAGAAGGACGAACAGAUACAGUGUAUUACUCCCUCAGUGGUGUACCUACUCCGGUCCUGGUUUCAACCAUGGCCAACAAUUACUACCACAAUCUUUUGCGUCGUGUCGUUGAUGAACGUUCGAACGAUGCAUCGAUGGACAGCGGCGAGAUGCAAUGUCUGUGCAUAUUCAAUGCAAGCCCACUUCAUUCAGCAGCAU